AGUGGGAGAACAGGGCGAAGGUUACGUUUGGCAGUAGACGUCGAUCAGUCUGACUGGGUGUUUGUGUGUGUGCAGUGAAGGUGAGAAGGUUAAGUUAAUAAUUGCGAGUGUAACAUCAGAAAUCAAAAGUCGUCAGCUAUGAAGAUCUGGACAUCGGAACACACAUUCAAUCAUCCGUGGGAAACUGUAGCCCAGGCAGCAUGGAGGAAAUACCCAAAUCCAAUGAACCCAGCCGUUAUUGGUACAGAUGUGAUUGAAAGGAAAGUGGUUGAUGGGAUACUGCACACACAUCGGCUGGUUAGCUCCAAGUGGGGGUUUCCGAAGUGGGCUCAAUCGAUAUUUGGGAAUCCAAAUGUGUGUUAUGCCAGUGAAUAUUCUCAAGUUAAUCCAAGUGCAAGACAUAUGACACUGAAAUCAAGAAAUCUCACAUUCUGCCGUCAUAUAGCUGUGGAUGAGACUGUAAUGUAUGUACCACAUCCACAAGAUCCAAAUAAAACAUUACUGAAACAUGAAGCUGUUGUCACUGUGCAAGGAGUUCCACUUAAUUCCUAUGUGGAAGAUGUUUUAACGAGCAGAAUCUCCCUUAAUGCUGGGAAGGGGAGACAAGCAAUUGAAUGGGUUAUUGGUAAAAUUGAUGCAGAAGUAAAGGAAAUUGCUUCAAAUGCUGUGAAGAGCACAGAUGACUUGCUGGCACAGACUAAAAAGUCAUUUGAUGAAAUUACAAGCUCUGCCCGAAAAUCUAUGGAUGAUAUUUCAUCUGUUGCUAAGAAAUCGCUAGAUGAUCUACACAACUUAACAAGUGCACCUAAUCGAACAAAUCAAAAUCUACCAAAGUUGUAGCAUUGAUAUUAAAAUUUAACAACUUUGUGUAGUGAUAUUUUGUAAUCCAAAUCAGAUGAUGCAAGUCUGUUAGCUAUAUUGUAAAGUGUAAUAAUUUUUAUUAAACCGUGUAAAAUUGUCAGACCCUCCAAAGUAUUUUUAGGAUAUUGUCUUUCUUGUGUAACUUAUUGAAUGAAUUGUGGGAAAUAGAUGUUUCUUGUAGUGAGAGAUUUGUGUGAAUGUUAUUGUUGCUUGAUUAAUUUGUGUUUUAACUUAUGCUGACAGACUGAUUUAACUGGCUGGUCCAGUUUUUUUUAUAAGUUAGUUGUAGUCUGAUAUAGAGAAAUGACAUUAUCAGAAGAAUUACUCUUAAAAUUUGUGGACCUAUAUUUUACCAUAGUUUAUUUACAAUGGAUUAUCAACAACCAUUACAUACAGUUACUCAUUGAUUGUGUAAUGGAGUGGAGUAAUAUGUUGCACUGAUCACUGUGUGAUCUGACUGCAUACUAAGCUUAUUGUGAUGUCUUGCCAUGAUUCACUCAAUUUUUACGAACAGUGGUAUUGCACCUUGCUGUCUGCUGUUAAGUUUAAAUAGUGAGCAACUGUUCUGUGCAGAGAGAGGAUACAGCAGAGGUAUGCUCUGUUCAUUGCAGGAAUUCACUGGUGUUAAGUUGCUAUUACAGCUGACAUGCACAGAAAAGUAAAUAUGCACUGCAGUUAAAAUGUAAAAUUUUCUUACAGCACAAGUUUUGUGUGUUUGCUUAAGAAAUACUGUGUACUUGGUGCAGUAGAGACAUCAUAACAGGCAUUUGUGAAGGGAAAAAGUGUACUUUUAUUGAUAGUCUUAAAUAUUGCUAUGGUUCUUUGUAAGUUAAAAUAUUCAUGUAUUGUGAUAAAUAUCACCAAUGAAGCAUUAUGAGAUGUGAUUACUUACCUUGUUGCUGUAUUUUCUUCACAUUAAUUGGCUGAAUGUUCUCAUGUAUGCAAAUCUAAGAAAUUAAAGUCUGGCUAUAGUUCAUUGUAAUACUCACUAAAGAGCAACUAGAGUGCAGAGUCCCUAAUCACAAAAAAUCUACAAAUUGUAUGAGAUAUAAUGGGAUAAUGAUUGUGGUAAUUCAUAAUUAUAGUUUCACAGAACUAUUUUGAGAGUAAAAGAAAGUUUAUAAGUAAUUCAUAGAAAAGUGUUCACUUUGUGAACACCAGUCCGGCCUUUCAUUGUUCUAAUGUGAAAGGUAAUGGUUUUUGGUUUGAGUAAUUUUCUUGUGGUUAUGUUGCUUAUAAGUAUUUUAUCAGUUGAGGUUAAUAAAUGAGUGUCCAAAAUAUAAUUUCAUCUAUAUUGUAGGCCUUACCGCCAUUGACUGUUGAGUACUUUCUGAAAAAGCAUUUGUCAAAUUCUCAUCAGCUUUUAUCAGUUUGUAUGUAAUGUUUUAGUGUAUAUUAUGAAUCUUCCAGAUGUUUGUGAGUUAAUGUUUGUUACCUUUAUGAUUAGAAACAACAGCAGGUAACAUUUCUUUUUAAGCAAUUGUUUCCAUGCUAUGUGAAAAUACUUACUUGGAGCGCGCGCGCGCGCGUGUGUGUGUGCGUGUGUGUGCGUGUGUGUGCGUGUGUGUGCGUGUGUGUGCGUGUGUGUGCGUGUGUGUGCGUGUGUGUGCGUGUGUGUGCGUGUGUGUGCGUGUGUGUGCGUGUGUGUGCGUGUGUGUGCGUGUGUGUGCGUGUGUGUGCGUGUGUGUGCGUGUGUGUGUGUGUGUACGACUAAAAUAAUUGUGAUGUAAAGAGCUUUGUGUGUUGUAGACUGAAAUGUUUGCCAGAAACAGUGUGAGGAUUAUUUUAUGUUUGUAUUUGGUAAUGUGUGCUUUCAGUUUCUUUUUACACUUGAGUCAGUCUCGCCUACCCACAACUUGCCUCUAAGAUAUAGUCAGUAGCACCACCAUUCAUAGUAGAUGAAAUAUUUGGAAACUGUGGUAUUUUUUAAAAGUACAGAUCAGUCAGUAUUAUUGUUGCAUAUAUUUGUACUGAUAGUCACUGAUUUUAUGUAUUGUCCAUGGUUUUGUAGGAGUUAACCAUUCCACAGCCAUCACAGCACACAUGAUCAUCUGACUUAUUAAGUUUUGUUGUUCAAGUAAACAGCAUUAAAAGUAGGUAAUAAAAGUACUAAGAUGAUUUAAUAUGCUUUUUGUAAUUCUGAUUAUGGCAACUUUUCUCCAGAAAUGACAGCCCUGUAGUUGUGCCGUAUACACGUUAGGUGCUUCUGACUGAACAAAAGUGCAUUGUUGGAUCAGUUUUACUCAUAAUUUGCACCUUUCUUAGUAGGUACCUCAGUAUUCACAGUUAAUAAGUGUAUGUAAUAUUUCAGCUAAUGGACAACAAAAAAUUAAGGUCCUGAAAUGCCUUAAAUGAAAUUUAAAGUAAUCUACAUAGUCUUAAGUUUUUAUUUUGACAAGCUGUUUAAUGAGCACAUUUGGUAAAACAGCAGCCAAAGACAUGUUGCAAACAAAUUGAAAAAUUGUGGGGUAUAUUUUGAAGAAAUACGUAGUGAUUAAUUAAUCAGAUCAACUGCUUUCACAGGUUCUUAAAUAUUUGUUUCAGAUCUUAUGAGAAAGUUGAAUUUAAUAACAUAUGAGUGUAAAACUGAAUGACCCUGAUUUAAAAGAAUAUCAUUAGAUGUAUGCAAAAAUUCUGAAGUGUGUUGUGUUGUUAAGAAUGUCCUUAAACGGCAGAGGAAUGUAGAGAAGAGUGUAAUAGUGUAUGACAUUUUAUGCCCUAUAUUCUGCAUUUAAAGCUUUCUAGUGUUCAGCAAUUACGUAUUUCGUACCAUUUAGGAUUGACAGCUGUGUGUUCUUUUAAAAUUUCACUUCAGUCUGAUAGUAACUGAUGACAUUGUUAUGGAAUACAUUUGUGAUGAAUUUGUUACAUAUCUUUCAUGCCAACAUAUUUUUGUAAAUAAAUACUACAUACCUAAAA